AUGGCAAUGUUAUUAUAUUACUUCGCAAGUGCUGUCAAGUCUAUUCAAUUUCAUGUUGAUGAUGAUAUUAUUGAUAAGUUAAAUUAUUACUAUACUACAGCCAUAAUAACCGUCUUUGCAAUCUUAGUAUCAGCUAAACAAUAUGUUGGAUAUCCUAUACAAUGUUGGGUACCAGCUACAUUUACAGAACCAAUGGAACAAUAUACUGAAAAUUAUUGUUGGGUACAAAAUACUUAUUUUCUUCCUUUACAUGAUUAUAUACCCCAUAAUUAUGCAGAACGGGAAAAUAGACAAAUUGGAUAUUAUCAAUGGGUUCCUUUUGUUUUGGCAUUAGAAGCAUUAUUAUUUUAUGUACCAACAAUUGUUUGGAGAUUAUUAAGUUGGCAAUCUGGUAUACAUGUUCAAUCAUUAGUACAAAUGGCAUGUGAUUCACGUCUUCUUGACUUAGAGUCUCGUAAUAGAGCACUUCAAACAAUUGCAACAAAUGUAGAGGAAGCAUUGCAUGUUAAACAUCAAGUUAUGGGAGGAAAUAAAUUAAAAUUACUCAAUCUUAUUAUAUGUACACGUUCUAGUGGAGCAGCUGUUACAUUUUUAUAUAUAUCAGUAAAAAUUUUAUAUACAGUUAAUAUAAUAGGACAAAUAUUUUUACUUAACACAUUUCUUGGUAAUCGAAGUAAAUGGUAUGGUUUACAAGUUUUAAAUGAUUUAAUGAAUGGAAGAGAAUGGGAAGAAUCAGGACAUUUUCCAAGAGUAACAUUAUGUGAUUUUGAAGUAAAAGUAUUAGGAAAUGUUCAUAGACAUACAGUUCAAUGUGUGUUAAUGAUUAAUAUGUUUAAUGAAAAAAUAUUUCUUUUUCUUUGGUUUUGGUAUUUUUUAUUAGCUGCUGCAACUUUUUGUUCUCUUUUAUAUUGGAUUUAUAUUUCAAUCGUUCCUAGCAGACAACUUAAUUUUGUAGGAAAAUAUUUAACGGGAAUAGAAGGUUAUAAAAUGGUUGAUUCUCAAUCAUUGAGAAGAUUUGUAUUCCAUUUUCUUAGACAAGAUGGUGUCUUUUUAUUACGAAUGGUUGCAACUCAUGCUGGUGAAUUACCAUGUUAUGAGUUGGCAAAAGCAUUAUGGAGUAAAUAUUGUGAUAAUAAAGAAGGCAAAAUGCAUGAUCUUUUAUUUGCUUCACUUAGCAUUUAUAAUUCAUCAAACUGCCGUAACAAAAGAAAAGGUAUUAAUAAAUACAAUUUCUCAAAUAAAUUUACAAUUUUUUCAUAA